UGGAGGCUUAUAAAAAAUAAUCUUGGAGAAUAUUGCCUUUUUGUGAUUGGAUUUAUCAUGACCGGGGAUAAAGUUUGAAAAGCAAAAUAAUAUACAACAAUAAGUGCAAAAGAAGUGGAUCUUCUCACCUCGGUAUAAUUUCAUUAUGGGAAAUGACAAAAUAGUGAUAACCUCAAAAAUAUGUGAGAAAUGAAAAGGAAAAAUAAUUAACAUUAAAAAUUUGUCAAAAAUUAAAACAAGUGUUUUUAAGGUAGAAAGUUCAACAUUUCAAAAUAUUAAACAAGAAAACUGUAAUAUUGGAAUCUAAUCGUAUCGAAACUAUUAUCCAAACUCGGCUAAUAUCUGUGCAAAAGAGAAUAAAUUUAAAAUAACAACCACGUCUAGUUUGCAAGUUGGCAACACUGUUCUUCAAACAAAAUCAAAAAUGAACUAAAACAAUGUGAAAACAAGUAAGGUACGGCUUUAGGAGGGUCAAGCCAACCAUGUGAUACCCUAAACCAUAAUUCUUCCGUCUUGGUAAAAUCCUAGCAAAUUCCAACUAAAAAUAUUUCAAUGAAAACUUCGACACAUAACUAAAAACCGGAUUAAAAAAAAACUUUCAUACCAAAAUCUUCUUGAAAAGAGAAUAAUAAAAUAAAAAAAAAGAUUUGCUCAAGGAUCUCGCAAUGACAUGAAUGAAAAAUCAAAAGAAAUCUAUAAAACAGUCCAAGCACGUUCCGAAAGCACUGAAAAGCGAAAAAAAAAACAACAACAGCAAAAAUAAAAUGAGAUUCGUACUCAAAGAUAUACUCAACGAAGUGAAAUCAAUGCGAUGAUUCAAAGAAUUGCAAAUGUCUGAGGAAGAGAAUCAAAUUUAAAGCAACGAAAGGAAGUCAAAGUGAAAUCAAGAAAAACCAAAUAAAUAGCAGCAACAACAAAUAUCGUUAUCACUAUGACCAUAACCAAUCAAGAAUACAGUGAUUUAAUCAAUUACUUUACAGUUCACAAUGUUACAAAUCACAUCAUUUCAUUGGCUUUGACGGUCAAUGAAACGAUGGCGGCCAGUGGCAGAGAAACGCCAGCGACGGGUAUGAGUCUGGAACAAUCCUGGGAUAUAAUGGAUAGCUUAAAUAAUAGCAAUUCAACGAUUAUGGCCAACUCCUCCGCCUCCUACUACCCUUCAACAUUUGGUUCCGCAUCAUCAUCGCCAUCAUCGUCUACUCUACCAUUUAUGCACUCGCAAGGCGAUAAUGCUACAUUAUUACAAUUUUCCAGCAACGACACCACCAACCUUCUCCUGCUAACCAAUCGAACGCUGCGGACUGAGAAACGUCCACGUAGCAGCGGCACGGAAAUACCCAUUUGGUUAAUACCCUGCUACAGCAUCAUAUUCAUCUUUGCAAUAGUUGGCAAUUUGCUGGUGGCCUCAACGCUGUUCCAGAAUCGACGGAUGCGUACCAUAACCAAUGUGUUUCUGGCCAAUUUGGCCAUAUCCGAUAUGCUGUUGGGUGUUCUGUGUAUGCCCAUAACGUUGGUGGGUACCUAUUUGAGGCAUUUCAUAUUCGGUGAAUUGGUGUGUAAAUUUAUACAGUUUGCCCAGGCUGCAUCGGUGGCCGUUUCAUCGUGGACCCUGGUCGCCAUAUCCUGUGAACGCUACUACGCCAUUUGCCAUCCUUUGCGUUCGCGAACAUGGCAGACCAUAAAUCAUGCCUAUAAAAUAAUUGGUUGUAUCUGGAUUGGCAGUAUCCUCUGUAUGGCGCCCAUUGCAAUAUUCAGCCAAUUAAUACCGACCAGCAGGCAGGGCUAUCGCAAGUGUCGUGAACAAUGGCCACAGCAUGCGGUCGGCUAUGAGCGUUCCUAUAACAUUUUUCUGGAUUUGGUGUUGCUCGUUCUGCCACUGGGAAUUUUGUGUAUCGCCUACAUUUUGAUAACACGAACAUUAUAUCUGGGCAUUAAGGAUGAAAAGGCUCUCAUAUUCGGCAGUAAAAAUAACAAUGUGGUAAAUGCGGGCGUUACUGGUGUUGUUGUUAGCAAUGCCCAUACGACUCCGAUGGCCGAUGGUAAAAUCUACACCCAAGUGACAACAAUGGCUGCGGAAACAAAGCCCAGUAAUGUCUUUAAUUUGAACUUUUCGUUGCGUUAUCAUUCGCGCAAAGCGGGUGGCUCAAUUCGUGGUGGCCACUCAAAAAAUUCUAAUGAAUCCACAACAAAUAAUGACAGGGAUAUUAAAUUAUCCCAUAACGCUGAGCGUGGCAAAUUCGUGGUAUCAACAUCUGUGGAUGGCACAACGUCGGCAAUUGGUAAUAAUGGCAAAAAUCGUCCGGAAACUGAAGUCAUUUGUAAGAAAAUAAAAGAAUCCAAUAACGAAUUAACACAGCAGAGACAACAACAGCAGCAUCAGCAGCAGCAUCAACAUCAAAUGAAGGCCUCUUCAUCAUCAUCGAUACAACAACAGCAGCAUCAGCAACAACAACAACAUUGCUAUGAUGACAUAACCCAACUGAGCGCAACACCGGAGCAAACCACAAGCUCUAUUAAUCCAUUAAAUAGUAAACGUGCAAUUGUGGCCAAGACCACAGAUGGCCGACGACAACAACUUUAUUGCAUGCGUUCUGCCUCUUUCAAGUCAUUCAAUCGCCAGAGCAGAACUAGCGCUGACAGCGAGGAGACAACAUCGUCGUCGUGUCACUCGCUCAAUGCAUUAUCCACAAAGUUUCCAAGACAACUUAAACCGACACAUCAGUCGUCGGUGGCAAUGGCAACAUCUGCAAUUCAGCGACAAUAUCACCAGCAACAACAACAACAACACCAAUCACCAUAUAUGUCAACAAAUGAUGGAGGUGGUGGCAACGGUGGUGGUGUGCCAGAGAAGCGUAAACUGAAUAGCUCACCAAGUUUACGCAUAACUGAAUCGGCAUUGAGAAGAUCCAACAUUGAGAAAACCUUGGAGAGCAAGAAACGCGUUGUGAAAAUGCUUUUCGUCCUUGUGCUGGAAUUUUUCAUCUGUUGGACACCGUUGUAUGUCAUCAACACCCUGGCCAUGUUCAUUGGACCGGCGACCUAUGAAUAUGUCGACUAUACAACGAUAAGUUUUCUACAAUUGCUCGCCUACUCAUCGAGUUGCUGUAAUCCCAUUACGUAUUGUUUCAUGAAUGCCAGUUUCCGGCGAGCAUUUGUCGACACGUUUCGUGGCAUACAUUUCAAUGGCGGAACAUUUUGGCACAAGAACUCCAAGUCAGCAACGGCGGCAACGAAUCUCUCAAUGGCUGGCAAUUCGAUUGCAAUGGGCAACAGUUGUACCGUGGUGACGGCCAAUACCGUUUUGGACAGUCCACGACUUUGAAACGCAUCAAAGUUUCGAUUUGCGGGAAAAAUGACGACAAGAGCUUUAAUCGGUCGAAGGUGUGAAAAUGAGAUGGCAACAACUGGAUGUUAGGGUAGUGGUGAAAUUGGAGAUAAAUACGAAGUGAGGUGGGGUGGGAUGUAUGAUGGCAAGAACACGUUCAUGUUUAAAUCAAAUCCAACGAUUAUAUAUCUUAUCAAUUGUAUUAUAUUGUACAACAACAUAUGGUUUCAAAAUUAUUUUUAAAAUGUAUUUAUUUGAAUAUAAGAUUGACGCACAAUCACAUAUACAAUGUUAAAUAUACCCAACACCACUACACAAUAUUUUUAAAUAUUUUAGAAUUUAAAGAAAAUUUGUUAUAACAACUUUUCACAGAAUCAAAUGUUUGCUACUGGACAGCAAUUUAUACAAAAUUAGUGAAAAUUCCUUCUUAUAUAGGACCCAGAGAAAAUCUACGAAGACUGUAUUUUGGGUCAUAAAAAUACAAUUGUUGUGGAAACAAAAUUUAUUACAAAACUGCCUGUAAAAACUGUAAAAAAUUAAAUGCAUGUUUUUCUGAUUGAUUGAUUGAUUGCUCAUAGAGAGUUAAUACAUAAAGUUUUGAAGUUAUUUUCUGUGUCCUGAGUGAAAUCUCAAUGUUUUCAAUAAUUACGAUUACGAAAAAUCCAGCAGAUUAUGAAAGUAGAGCUAAAAAAGGAGACACGUAUAUCGGCGUUUUGAAAGUAUAUUUCGCAAAGUAAGUCUCCGGAUACAAAUCCGAGGGGGGCAAGUCUCCCUCUUACAUAUAGUUGAAAAUUUUUGGAUAAAGAUUACUCGAAAUACGUGCAUUUUAGGUUUAUAGUGUCUUCGUCAUUAUUGCUGAUAAAAAUAUGAGGAAUAUUUUGGGGGAAAAUCGUAACCACCAAGCGAUUCAACAGAGAGGUCUUUUUGGCCCUUUUUAUGUGAUUUGCACUAUUUUGAAACUAAACUAAUUCUUCAAUUCCGGAGCUUCAAUAAAAUUGAUACUCUCUUCGAUUUAAAUAAGGUAUAGGGUGAGAUGAAAAAAAACUGCAACAAAGUCAAACGCCAUAAUUUUUAAAUUUUUUUAAUGUUAUUGAAAAGAAAGCAAAAAAUGGCGGAAAUAGGAUACAAUAUUAGAAUAAGUUUAGAUUUGUUCGAAUUGGUCACCUUUGGCACGAAUUAUGGCCUUCAAACGGCUAAUGAAACCGUCAUACGCUGCCCGAAUGUUGCUCUCGGCGAUGCGCUUGCUUGAGGUGAUCGACACUUUUGUAUUUUUUUAGUGCCAAUCUUGCCCUCCAAAAUAGUUCAACGGAUUGGUAUCCGGAGAUGUUGGGGGCCAUUGUGCACUGGAAAUAAAGCGAGGCACCUCAUUUUGUAAACAUUCUUGGGUGGCGCGUUCUGACUGAGUCCUGUUGGAAUGCCCAAGGCCUGCCUGACCUUAAUACACCCUCCAGAAUAUUUUCGCGAUAUUAUUCGGCAUUUAUUCUGAUGCCACGGUCGAUUAAUACAUGCGGAAAGCGACCAUCGGCUGUUAUGAUGGCCCACACCAUCACCAUGGCCGGCGCUUGAAUUCUGGUGGCCAACCGAAGGUGCACAUUUUCACUUGACCUCUUUGGCAAGUAAACACGAUCAUUUUGUUGGUUUACAAAUUUCUGGACAGCGAUUAUUUUCUCAUCGGAGAAAACCAAAUUCGACAGUUCACCACUUUCGGCCAAGCGAAGGAACUCUUAGCUCUUUAGAGUCUAUUUUCUUUCUGUUGAGGUGUAAGUUCUUGCAUUUUUUUGGAAUUUCAAUGGCUUUACCCCGAGCUCAGUUUUCAAUAUUUGCCGAUUGGAAUAUUUCGGGCUCACGAGCCAUUUUUCGGCCACUGCGACGUGGGUUUUUUUCUGUUAAUUUUCACCAAAAUGCUUCAGUAUUGAGUAUUGAGUUCAUAACGGUUUCUACACCAUGUGGAUAGUAUUGACUAUAAAGGUCCACGUUUUACUAUAGCAUACUUGUACAUGACUUAAUUUCCUAAUUGUAGAGGGUACAUGUUUUUUUACUUCUUUGAUAUUGUUACGGACUUUCCUUU